AACUGCACCCAAAUCCUCCGCUCCUUCCUCGCUUUCCCCCAUCUCUCUGGGGACGGCUGCAGCCGUCUUCCUCUCCCAACUAAUAAUGGCGUUGCUCGGAAGCAAUACCUCAAGAAAACUCUACGUACUAAAGUUGGUGAUCUUAUGGAUGGUGGUGGCGGUGGCGGGACUUAAGAGUACGGCGGAGUGCACGAGGCUAAGGCGCCCCGGCCACCACCGCCGGAGGCCCGGCGGAGGCUGGCCCGCGGGGGAGGCGGCGGGUGCCCCCGGCUGCCGGGCCUACACGGCGAGCCUGACGGAUUUCGGGGCGGUGGGUGACGGGGCCACCUCCAACACCCGCGCCUUCGCGGCGGCCGUCGCCAAUCUCAGCCUCUACGCCGCCGACGGCGGGGCGAUGCUCGUCGUGCCCCCUGGCAAGUGGCUCACCGGUCCUUUCAAUCUCACCAGCCACUUCACCCUCUUCCUCCACCGCGACGCCGAAAUCCUGGCCUCCCAGGACAUCGAUGAAUGGCCAAUUAUUGAUCCCUUGCCCUCUUAUGGGAGAGGAAGGGACUUGCCUGGUGGAAGAUACAGCAACUUCAUCAUGGGUUCUAACCUCACUGAUGUGGUCAUCACAGGGGAUAAUGGAACAAUCAAUGGGCAGGGGAAAAUCUGGUGGGAUAAGUUCCACGAUGAUAAGCUGGAGUACACUCGUGGUUACCUGCUUGAAAUAAUGUACUCAGACCACAUCCUUAUUUCCAACCUUACAUUCAAACACUCUCCCGCAUGGAACCUUCAUCCGGUUUACAGCAGCAAUGUUCUUGUGUCAAAUGUCACAAUUCUUGCACCGGUUGAUUCUCCAAAUACUGACGGAAUUAAUCCAGACUCCUGCUCCAAUGUCUUCAUUGAGGACUGCUUCAUAGUCUCUGGUGAUGAUUGCGUCGCCAUCAAAAGCGGUUGGGAUGAGUAUGGAAUUGCCUUCAACAUGCCGACCCAACAUGUAAUUAUCAGAAGGCUCAGCUGCAUUUCCCCCUCCAGCGCCACCAUUGCCCUUGGAAGCGAGAUGUCUGGCGGAAUCCAAGACAUCAGGGCUGAAGAUAUCACGGCCAUCAACACAGAAUCCGGGGUCAGAAUCAAGACAGCCAUCGGUAGGGGAGGAUACGUCAAGGAUAUUUUUGUGAGAAGAAUGACCUUGAACACCAUGAAGUAUGUCUUCUGGAUGACAGGAAAUUAUGGGCAGCAUCCUGAUGACAAUUACGACCCCAAUGCAAUCCCACUAGUCCAGAAUAUCAAUUACAGUGAUGUGGUUGCCGAGAACGUCACCAUAGCUGGAAAGUUGGAGGGAAUUCCUAAGGCACCCUUCACUGGGAUAUGCUUGUCUAACGUGACUGUGGAUGUUGUGAAGUCGAAGAAGCUGAAGUGGAACUGCACUGAUGUUGAGGGGGUCUCAAGCGCUGUGGUGCCUACUCCUUGUGAAUCGCUCCGAGAUCAAGGAGCUGAUGCAGCGCCAUGCCCAUUCCCAACAGAUUGUUUACCCAUAGAUACUGCUGCAUUCCAGAAAUGUCGGUACAGAAGAGUCAAACUGUGACAGUGUUGGUGUGGGCUUUGCUUUAUUUCCCUUGAAGUCACUCCUCAUGACCAACGUCUGCAAGGAGCUGAGCUCUGAUAUGCUUCUAUCUCUUGAUAAUUGGAGGUUCAAUGAGGAAAACUAGUGUUUUGAUAAGUAAUUUGUUUCUCCUAGGUAUUGGAGUUUUUUCUUUUUUUAAAGUAAAUGAUCGCAUCUGAGUGCAUGUAUGUGAAGCUUGACCUAAAUCUAUGAUCAGCAAGUAGUAGUUACUAGCUACAGGGACUACUUCAAGUGAUUCCAAAGCCAUUAGGAUUGCUAUACUAGCUUAGCCAGGUCAGCCUAAACCUAUUAGUUCAUGGUGUAAAUUAAAUUUUAUCAUUUGAUAGUUGUUAUAUAUUUCUGGAAUUUGUAACCACUUGAAAUUAAGGCCAACUUGUUGAAAAUAAUUGUUUGUUUCUGAACUACUGAAGAUAAGGAAUUCGAGUC